AUGAGUGUUGUUGCCAGUAGACCAGAGAGCCCUGCUGUGCCUUACACCAUCCCUCACGAUGCCCCAAGCUAUAAAGAAUUCGGCGUGAGCGUUCAGCCUGUUCCCUCGCGCACCUCUUCCAUUUCCUCCUAUAAGACAAACUAUACAACCUCGACUACGCCGACGACAGCCUACUUGCCUUCGUCACCUACAUCGCCUACAUCUUCCUGUCGCCAAUUUGACUCGAUAGGGUCCAUCGCCGAGACCAUUGCGCCAGUUCAGCGCCGAGUGCCCCAGGAAGUCUACGACGUGAUCCUCAACAGCCUUGAGACCUUGCACAAGGCUCCAUACCAAACCGGCUGUACAACAUGCUUUCAGCGCGACUUGCACGCCUUGUCCCUGACCUGCCGGUCAUGGGAAAAGGCAGUCAGACCACGACUUUAUAAUCAAAUUCACAUUGUCGGGCAUGAUUCCCCCGCGCAAUUGAAAAAAUACCGCCUCAAGAGAGGAAGUCGCUUGAAGCUACUACGCCGCACCCUGCGCGAACGAAACAUGCUGGCCCAUCUCGUCCGCGAACUUCGGGUGCCUCAGAUGGAUUUGCUCUUCACAACAACGAAACAGAGCACACAAUGGCAAGAAUAUCGCGAUCUCGUCGCGUCCGUGGUCAUGGUUUGUCCAAAUUUAGAACGCCUGCUGGGUCUAUCGAUCCCCUACCACCACGAGUUCGAUCGUUUGACCCACGCGUUGUCGACCCGCAAGCGGCUGAAAGAGCAUAUUUGGGUGCUGGGCGAGGCAGCGGAGGUUUCAGAAAUGUCGCCCCGCAGUACCUCCUGCCCCGGCAGUCUAGGCCCGUCUCAGAUGUUCGAGUUUUUGAACUAUCAUGUCUCAUGGUCGAACUUGGAGACUUUGAUGCUGUAUGGGUUGAACGGGAACGGCGCAUUGGAGCCAAGUAUAUUCUUGCGCAUGUUUGAUUUGUUGCCGUCUUUGAAGAAUCUCUGCAUCACUUCCUUUAGUGAAGACGCUUUCGCGGAUACCACGCUGCUAUGCCUUCCACCGCUAGAAUCUCUGCGCUUGGAGAACCUGCCCGGUGUCACGGACCGUGGGCUUGUCCAGUAUACGUCGCGCCCUGAGUCCCGCUCGCUCAAGUCAUUCGUCUUGGUGGAACAGAAUGUGGAAUCAUUGCUGGUCAUCUCCAAAAUUUUAUCCUCCCUGACACAACUCGAACGGUUCAAGUUUGUGCAAUGUGACAAAUGCCCGGUCAUGCCUAACGAAGGCAUUGUCUUCCAGCCUAUAUUGGCAUCACCUAGUCUCAAAUACCUCCAUUGGGACGUUGCUUGCCCUGACCCAGGUACUGCGCUGACCCAACUUGACUCUCGCCCCUUCCAGCACCCCCUGAAACAAUCCGACACCCCAAACUCUCAUCUCGCUCAAAGUAUCCUUUCCGCUGGAUUCCCUUGCCUCGAGACACUUCGUGCUCCCAAUGAUGUGGAGCCUCCUGGUGUGCUCCAGGCUUCCUGCCGCCCUAUCAUCAGGGGCCAAGCACUGCUUCGACCGGACAGGUAUAGUCUGCCUCGCAGCUCACACGGUUCUGUCAGCACUCGGCCUCUGGCUUUGCCAGCUGGAAACAACUUAACUUCUUCUCGAAUUCGCGCACAAACCUUUAUCGAUAUGGCUGCGAAGGAUACGGAGAGUGGUAUGCCAGUGUUGAUCCAGGAUUACUCGGACGAUUUCAUUCCUGACAACGCAAUGGCCUCCCAGUUUGAAGAGGAGACGGAGCAAGAAAUGGAUGACUACGGUAUCUGGGCUGCAGCCGAGCGAUACAAGAAUGCACCUCCUAGGAAUGACGGCCCCAAAACUGUCUAUGAGUUCCAUAUGCCUGCAUUCAUGGGCCGCUCGGGUGUCAGGGAUCCUGCAACGGGAGCAUCUAUUCCUAAGUUCCUAUUGCGUCCUGAUAUCGCUGGGCAGGAAUCGGACGGUGGGUUGAUCGGGUGGAAGCAAUUGCUUGCCUCCAAUCAAUCACUGUCGUUCGCUGCCGGCGUGGGAGUUCAUUGCUUUGAAAAUGGCAAGAACCUUCCCAACCCGCCUCCAAUCGAUGAUAUUGCCUCUCCAUCCUCUACCAUAUCGCGGUUCGGAUGGGGCAGCCUGGGCAGUCGGUCAACAGGCACACCAGCAACUCCAACCACCCCAAUUACUCCCAUGAGCUUCGCCUCCUCCCAUGCACUCCCUUGGGAUAAAGAUACCUGCACCGGCUCCUGGAACCAUAAGAUGGGCCGGGACUGGUGGUUCCAUAUGGAACGCGACCGCCCAGGUAAUUCUGAGCGCAUCAGUGCGUUGCAGCUCUUCUGA